AUGGCGUCCCUCCAGGAAGUCGUGAAGCAAGUUGGCAGUGGGCAAGAUAUCACCAAUAUCCAGCCAGCAGCAAGUCAUCGGACAGGCUCGACAUCCUUUGCUGCCAUUGGUGCAACGCUCGUGCCAACUAUUAUUACUGCCAUUGCCUUUGUAACAGCUUUCCUCGUGCUUCGAAAGCCCUACCGCAAUAUUUAUAUGCCGCGGACAUAUUUCAAAACUAUUCCGGAGCACGACCGCACACCGUCGUCGAGCCACUCCUCCGUACCUUGGUACCACGACUUUCAUAUGCUCAGGGAUAGCUUCUUGCUCCGGCACUCUUCCAUUGAUGCUUACUUGUUUGUGCGGUUCCUUCGAGUACUCAUGAUUAUUUGUGUGCUGGGAUGUUGUUUCACCUGGCCGAUCCUUUUCUCGGUCAAUUCGACUGGUGGUGGGAACGCGUCUCAGCUUGACAGGAUUGCUUUCGGUAAUGUGGCCAACAAGAAACGCCUCUAUGCUCAUGCUGUGGUGGCAUGGGUAUACUUCAGCCUGGUCAUCUUUAUCAUUACUCGUGAGAGAUUGUUCGCCGUCAGGCUUCGUCAAGCUCAGGCCACCCUUACGCAGAACGCCGAGCGACUCUCUUCCAAGGUAGUGCUCUUCCUUGCCGUGCCAUCCGAUGCCCUCGAGGAGGAGAACUUGCAGCAAUACUUUGGUACAUCUGCUGUCAGGACUUGGCAAGUGCCAAAGCUGGCUGACCUUGAGGCCCUUGUCAGCCAACGCUCUACCAAAGUCGAAGACCUCGAAGCCGCGGAGCUGCAAUUCCAAAAGAACAUCACUAAGGCGAAACGAGAUGGUCAUGUUGACACUCCAUACAACAACGGUUCAGAUUUGAACACCGUCAACAAGCAUUCACGGAGCUCACGUCCAGCCAAAAAGUCGUACUACGUAUUUGGCAAGGACAAUGAUAUCCUCGAUAGCUUGCGUAAGGAGAUUCCCGAUCUCGAGAGCAAGAUCAAGUCAGCAAGAGAGCAUCACUCCGAUAAUUUGUCAUCCGAGAGUAGUUCUCUCUUCGUCGAAUUCAAGGAUCAAGGCAGCGCGCAAGAAGCCAUGCUGUCUGUUCGUCACCAAAGUCCUUUAUCGCUACAGCCACGGUUCUCCGGAGUCCAGCCAAAGGAAGUCUUGUGGGCAAACCUCAACAUCGACCCUUCGCUUCGGAUCACGUAUAGGUCUCUCGCCGUCGCUCUGAUCACCGCAACGAUUAUCUUGUGGUCUAUUCCGGUCGGCAUUGUCGGUACGCUGUCCAAUGUCAAUGAAUUGGCUGACCGUAUUCGCUGGCUCCGCUUCCUCAAGAAUCUUCCCGACCCAGUACUUGGUUUUCUGACAGGGUUUGUCCCUCCAUACGUGCUGAGUGAGCUUGUGUCCUAUGUGCCGAACUUCUUCCGGAAUAUAGCGAAGCUGUCCGGUCAACCGACCACGGUCGAAGCGGAAAAGCGCACCCAGAACUGGUACUUUGCAUUUCAAGUCGUGCAAGUUUUCUUGAUUACAACCUUCACUUCGGGAGCAGCCACGGUCGCAACGAAGAUCGCCAACGAGCCGACCUCAGUUCCUGAGCUUCUCGCACGAAACAUACCGAAAGCUGCCAACUUUUACCUCUCGUACUUCAUCAUUCAGGGCCUCGGCAGCGCAACAAAAAUGGUCAUCAACUAUUCCGACUUGUUCUCGUACAUCUUUUACGAUCGCUUUUUCGAUCGUACUCCGAGACAAAAGUACGCCCGCAGAAGCCAGAUGAAGGGCAUCGGCUGGGGCAAGGCGUAUCCCAAAUUUACCAACUUCGCAGUCAUUGGUCUCGCAUAUUCGUGUGUGGCGCCCCUCGUGUUGGGCUUCGCAGCCGCAGGACUCUACUUGUUCUAUAUUGCCUACCGAUACCAGUUCCUGUAUGUCAUUCAAGUCAAGUUGGAUUCUCGCGGAGCAUGCUAUGCUCAGGCUAUACAGCAUCUCAUGGUGGGCAUCUAUCUUGCCGAACUUUGUCUACUAGGCCUUUUCAGCAUCAAGGAGGCUCCGGGGCCUUCUGUGCUCAUGGCUAUUCUCCUGGUCGCCACAUUCGGGUACCACAUUACGGUGAAUCGAUAUCUCUCACCACUCGAAAAUGUCCCGCCUGUGACUAAUCAUGGUUCUGAAGGCGAGACCGAGCCUUUGAUGGCCACAGAGGAAGGACGAACCAAUGGAAGCGCCGUUGUUGACCGAUUAGCGCGUGUGGGUCGCGCCGCAGCAGAUCGUCUCCCUACUGGCUUACUUGAUCCAUUCAAGACGUUUCUGGAACCGAGACUCCUCCCCUCGGUUCAUGAUCUCCGACCGUGGCUCGUAGACCCUGCCUCAGGGGACGAGCCACCGUCAUACACUGAGGAAGAGGUCAGCAAUGCAUAUGUUGCUCCCGCAUUGACGUCGAAGGUGCCCAAGGUAUGGAUUCCCAAGGAUCAGUACGGAGUGUCCACGCAAGAAAUCGAAGAAAAUAAGGCUGCGGGACUGCCGACGACAGAUGAGGGGGCAUCAUUGGACAAGGAUGGCAAAUUGUCGUGGAACGAGGACGACUUCGAAUCGGUGCCCAUUUUCAAACGAGCGAAACAGUACUGA